AAAUUAACUGUAAACCGCAGAGAUAUCUGGUGUCCAAACAUUGUAAAGGGUGAAAUAAUUACUUCGAAUUUUUAUUGAUCCGUUUGCGGCAAGAUAAAUUGCCUGAAAAUAAAAAUAAUUUUCGUUUUAACAGAAUGAAUCAUAAGUUGACAGGUGACUUGCUGCAGAUGACACGAUGCAGUGCAAAGAACUAUGUUUUUUCCAUUCGGAAUACAGGAGAACAACUUGCCUUUUUAUCUUUGACACGAUUUUAGCUUUUUAUUCAGUUGAAACCAUUUAAAAAUAGCAAGAAUGAAACCAGUUGAAGAACAAGACUAUUCUCAACACAUAUCACUAACAGAAGUUAGUGAUAUGUGUGCGAGUGCAAUGGAUACUGAUACUAACUCCCAAACUGUUGAACAAGAAUAUUCUCCACUCAUAUCACUAACGGAAGUUAGUGAUAUGUGUGUGAGUGCAAUGGAUACUGACACUAACUCCCAAACUGUAGCUCUCAGCGAUGAAAAUACAUUCUCUUGUAAUACUUGUGGAAAGAUCUUUUCACAAAAAAACUAUUUGAAAGUACAUCUCCGUACUCAUGUCAGUGAAAACGCUUUUAUUUGUGACGUAUGUAAGAAAACUUUUUCUCAGAAGAGAUAUUUAAGAAGACAUGUUUGUAUUCACACAAAUGAAGAAGUUUAUCCUUUCGAUGCAUUCGAUAAAGAAGGUUCUCUUGAUUUAAACAAACAAGGCUCUCUUGAUUUAAACAAUCAAGGUUCUCUUGAUUUAAACAAUCUAUGUCCUUCUCAAGCAAAAGAAAAACCGUAUUCUUGUAACCUGUGCAAUAAAACAUUUUCUCGGAAAAAUCAUUUAAAUAGACAUUAUCUUUAUCAUGCUGAAGUAAAACCAUAUUCUUGCGAAGUAUGCAAUAAAGGGUUUUAUGAGAAUAGUCUUUUAAAAGAGCAUUAUGGUACUCAUACAAAUGAAAAGCCUUAUUCGUGUGAGACAUGUGGUAAAAAGUUUUCUUUGAAACGUCAUUUAAGAGUUCAUUCUCGAAUUCAUACUAGUGAAAAACCUUAUUCUUGUGAAAUAUGCAAUAAACGGUUUUCUAAAAGGAGUAAAUUAAAUGAGCAUUCUCGUAUACAUACAAAUGAAAAACCAUAUUCUUGUGAUCUAUGCAAUAAAGAAUUUUCUCGGAAAGGACAUUUAAAUAGACAUUAUCUUUAUCACGCAGAAGAAAAGCCAUAUUCUUGUAAUAUAUGCAAUAAAGGGUUUUACCAGAAUAGUCAUUUAAAAGAGCAUUAUCGGACUCAUACGAACGAAAAGCCGUAUUCUUGUGAAAUAUGUGGUAAAAAGUUUUCUCAGAAAGGUCAUUUAAAUGUUCAUUCUCGAACUCAUACAAAAGAAAAGCCUUAUACUUGUGGAAUAUGCGGUAAAUCAUUUUCUCAGAAGAAUCAUUUGCGUACUCAUUAUGGAAUUCAUUCAAGUGAGAAACCAUUUUCUUGUCAUCUCUGCGAUAAAAAAUUUUCACAGAAAUAUGACUUAAACAGGCAUUCCCGUUAUCAUGCAAAAGAAAAACCAUACUCUUGCGAUCUAUGCAGUAAAAGUUACUAUGAAAAUGAACAUUUAAAACAACAUUAUCGAACUCAUACGAAUGAUAAACCUUUUUCUUGUGAUCUGUGUGGUAAAAGAUUCUAUCAAAAAUAUGAUUUAAAUGCACAUAUUCGUACCCAUACAAAACCAUUUGUUUGUGAUACUUGUGGUAAAAGAUUUUCUAGGAAAGGUUACCUGGAUAGACAUCUUAUUAGGCACAUAAAUGGAAAACUUUGACUCUCUGAUUUUAAAAAGAAAAAUUUUAUUCAAUAUUGAGAAUUUGCUUGUAUUAUGAAUAUUUAAUUGUACAUAUAAACAAAUAAAAUAAGUUUUUAUGGUAA